UACUCUCUUUUGUUUCUUCGCUCUGAUUUUCUUCUCUCCACCUUCUUUUUAAUGGCUAUUCAAGCGCAGUUAUAUCCUGAAAAUUUCGGGUUGCCCAUGUGCGGCCUGCAGGAUUGGAUGCUCAUCAAUCCUAUCUCUUCAUUCGAACCUGAUCAAAUUGGUUUCGCUUUCCAAGAACCCCCUCUCACCUCUCAUUUACAACAACCCCCUCAAACCUUCCCCCCUCAUCGCCACAAAGCCGCCUUGUCUUGUUCGUCGUCUUCCUCUUCCACCUGCGGGACUAUGGCACUGCCUCAGUCUUUAGCUGCUCAACUUGAGAUGCAGAGACAAGAGAUUGAUUGCAUUCUCCAACUACAGAACGAAAGACUAAGAUGUGCUCUGCACGAGCAGAGAAGGCAACAACUAGCAGCGGUACUAAAGAGUUUGGAAUCGAAAGCUUUGUGCUUGAUGAGGCAAAAGGAGGAAGUAUUAGCUCAGGCAACAAGGAAAACAAUGGAGCUGGAAGCCAGCCUGAGAAAAGCAGAAAUAGAGAGCGAGUCGUGGCAGAGAAUGGCGAAAGAAAACGAAGCAAUGGUAGUGGAUCUGAGCAACACGCUUGAACAAGUGAGAGAGAGACUAGUGGUGGUGAGCAACGGAGCCCAAGAUGCAGAGUCUUCAAUUUGCGGUUCCUGCAACAGAGAAGAAAAAGUUGAAGAAGAAGAAGGGGAUAAGAAAAAGAUGGUUUGUAAAUGGUGCAAAUCUAGGAAAUCGUGCGUCCUCUUUCUGCCGUGCAGACACCUUUGCUCGUGCAAGGCCUGCGAAGCUUUUCUCGGUUCUUGUCCUGUCUGCAAUUCUGUAAAGGAGGCAAGCAUGGAAGUUUUUUGGGUCUAACAAGAAAGAAAAAGAAAAAAAGGAAAAGGAAGUUCUUUUUGGGGAGAAGACAAGAAGAGUUUGAUGCUGGUAGCAGGAACUGUCAUAAUGUUGUUUUAGGGGGGUGGGUUUUAUUUGGGGUUUUCUCCUGGUGUGUAUGUUGACAGAAUGUGUCGUACUGCUGCGGCCCCCAUACCAUACCAUACCAUUUGUGUUUUCAUCCAUAGAAUGGUACUGGUAACAGUGCGGUAACAAUCUUUUUUUUUUUUUUUUUUUUCCCUCUUAAAACCUUUUCUGGUUCCAUUUCUUUUUUGAACUUUCUAAAUACUGAUUUGUGUAAUGCCAACUCAACCAAACUAAAUCUCUUUCUUAUUUUAAAUAUUGAUUUGGGUAAUGCCCAAAACUUGAAUCCUCUAUUGUGACACGGCUGGUGGGUUGCUCUUUCCUGUAAUGAACUCCCCCUAUCAAACCCACAACACCUAGAGAUAUG